UGUUUGGCUGCUUUGUUCAGGUUUCUUGUAGGUUUCCUGCAGAUUUUUUAAAGUGUUGCAAUGGAACCGAGCUGGAGUACAUUUCUAUUUCAACAGGCCAAUGAAGCCCUCCACCACCAGCACCAGGUGGCCCAGAACAGCCUGCUGCCACUGCUCAACUCUGGGAACGAGCCGGUGGACCAGAAGCCUGUGAUGCCCAUCUCCCUGGACCAGAAACCCCCCGCCAGCGCCGCCGAGCUCCUCAAAGACAAUGUGGCCUGCGGGACUGGCGGCGGCAGGGGACCCAUGCCUGUGGUGAAGAAGGAGCACAAGAGCAAGACACCCUUCAUCUGCGGCUACUGCAACAAGGCCUUCCGUGACAGCUACCACCUGCGGCGCCACGAGUCCUGCCACACGGGCGUCAAGAUGGUGUCGCGGCCCAAGAAGACAGCCCAGACAGCCCCCACCAUGGUGCCCCUCAUCUCUACCCUGCCCAGGGAGAAUAGCGGGCAGCCCUCCUACAUCUCCACCAUCGCAGGCAUGCUCACCACGGCCACCUCCUCUGUGUCUUCAGCCUCCAGCAUCAUGUCUCCAGCCACUAGCAUCAUGUCGCCAGCCUCUAUGAUCAACGUACCCCAGCAGAGCCAGCCCAAGAAGCCUUCCAAGCCAGUGAAGAAGAACCAUGGCUGUGAGAUGUGUGGCAAGGCCUUCCGAGACGUCUACCACCUGAACCGUCACAAGCUGUCCCACUCGGACGAGAAGCCCUACGAAUGCCCCAUCUGCCAGCAGCGCUUCAAGAGGAAGGACCGCAUGACCUACCACGUGCGCUCGCACGACGGAGGAGUCCACAAGCCCUAUGUCUGUUCCGUGUGCGGGAAAGGCUUCUCCAGGCCAGACCACCUGAGCUGCCACGUGAAGCAUGUCCACUCCUCAGAAAGACCGUUCAAAUGCCAAGUAACGGCCUGUACUUCUGCCUUCGCCACCAAAGACAGACUGCGCUCCCACAUGAUCCGGCAUGAAGGGAAGGUCACCUGCAACAUCUGCGGCAAGAUGCUGAGUGCAGCCUACAUCACCAGCCAUCUAAAGACACACGGCCAGACCAACUUUAAUUCCUCUAACAAAGGGGACUGGCAGUGGAACUCCUCAGGGGGACGAAAAGACAGUAAUGACAUCCACAACUCUGCGUCAGCCACACCUGUAACAGCCUCCACCCCCAUCACCACCACGAUGAACCGGGGAAACUCCAUCAACAACCCCGUCACCAUAGCGUCGCAAAUGAACAUUUCCACCAACACAGUGAACGUCAGCCUCCAGCACCCUGUCACCAUCACUGGGCCCGUCAACAUCGCCUCGAUCAACAUCCCUUCCACAGCACACAUGAAUAUCGCCCACCCUCUGGCCAUCAGCACCCCCAUGUCCAUGACAAUGUCCGGGCCCCUCAACAUCGCCAUGAGGUCCAUGGAGAGUAUGCCUUUUCUGUCCCAAGUCCUGCCUUCGUCCCCACCCUGGUAAAACAAGAAAUGAUGACGCCUCCCCCUUACCCCCAUCUUUCCCCUGACCCCUGACCCCGUGCCCACUCCUCAGACCUGGAAAUUAACAUUUAGCCUACUUGUGACACAUGGCUCCACCCCAACCAAUGCUACAUCACAGAAAAGAGAACCAGAACAGUUGUGUAGAAGUUAGGUAGGGUUUUAUAUAUUAUCUGAAUGACUUCAAACCUAGAUGUAGUGAGUCGAUGAAGUGUUAAACAGUGAUGUCAACAUUACAGUCGGGGCAGGAUGAACAAGAGGGGAGGACUCUCAAGCCUCGCUAAACGCCUUCGAUCUCAUACCUUUGCAAUUGGAAGAGGAUCAUUUUUAAAAGGACUAAUGCAAUAAGUAUGAAUUGCUGGUUUUAUUGUUCCAGAAGUUCUCUUGCAAAGCCAAUGGGUGUUUCUUAUAAGUUGUUUUAUCUAUAGCCUGCUAAUCAUUAUUUAAUAUUUUUAGGAGAUGAGUCCAACAAAAGGGACUAAGACUUCCAUUUGGACGGAGGGUUAUUCUUUUUUCACAGCUGUAUAACUUUUGUUUUUCAAAUAAGAGGUAUGCUCUUGAGGUACAUGUUAAUGUAUUCUCACCAUCAACUGAAUCUGUAUUAUUUUGUUGAAGUGGAUAUCUGGAAAUAGUCCCUCUUGACUGUUAAAGAUGUGUACAGUUAGGCUAGUUUUUUAUCUUUGUUAGGGAUGGCAGAGGUGUGCUUCUUUUAUUUGGUCAUCAGUUGAUGUCAAUUGUUUUACACAAACCGAGAGAGGAAUGAGUCUUGCACUGAAAGCAUAUCCCAUGUGUAACUUAACAGCAGUAUUAUCAAAGAUCAAAUUGGUGUUAGGUAAUCAGCCUACAUAAAAACAGGGCCAUCUAGUGGCUUACAAAUGCCAUUGAGGAAAUGGUCCUGAAGUUCACAAAUUUGUAUUUCUUAAACGAUUAUUAUCAUUAUCAUGUUGGUGACGGAUUAUAGUUUUGUUAGAAAUAUUUUAUACCCUUUUUCUUAUCGUUUUCGAGGACCCCGAUUAGUAUGGACCUUCUGCUCAGGUAACUCGCUGAGAGUAGCCCUGGAAACGUAAUAUAUAUAUAUAUAUAUAUAUACUUUUUUUGUUGUAUUUAAUUCACAUCUAACACAACUUGAUCCUUUCCCAUGUUACUUUGUAAAUAUUUAACUCACCAUAUACCUUUUUGCUAAAAGAAAAAAAAGACUAGGGAUCUAAGAACUCUUUAAUUUUGUGAACAUAGCCGUCCAUUUUAAUAAUCAUGUCAUCUGUAAUUAUAUUUUCGAACAAAAAUCCAUUGUCUCCGCCUGUGUCAUGGUGAUUUAUGGAUUAGAUGAUGGAUGAGGUGACUGAUGUAUUGAGAACAAAACACUAAUGGUUUUUGAGAAGUGUAUGAAAGUAAUGAACUACUAGAUCAUGUUGUAGUGUUACUGCAGCCGAAGGGUGGACACAAUUUAGUCGGGCCAACAUGGCCUCUGCAGCACAUCUCAGGCAUUGAGACCCUUAGAUUACCAUUACUAGAUAAGACGUUCUUACUUGGUCAUAUCACCUUUGCAAGGUUUUUGUGCUGUGUGAUGUAAAGUACAGGAUACUACAGUGCAUUCGGAAAGUAUUCUAAAAUUGAAAAAAAAUCUAAUCAAUCUACACACAAUACCCCAUAACGA